AUGGCUGUUGUUGAUCCCCCAUAUGAGAGAUCAAAGGGAUCUCAGCUACCCACGCCCGACAAUUCCACGCAGAUCAAAAGUGCAGUUGGCUACAGCGAAUACGUGGCUGGCCUUGAGCUCGAAUUCACAGCCUCUGAUGAGCGGAGAACACGAUGGAAGAUCGACCUGGUGAUCAUUCCCAUCUUCCUAGUCACCCAGGCUAUUCAGCAAAUGGAUCGGACCGCCCUGAACUAUGUCAACUUAUUCGGAUACCAAAAGGCGCUCGGAUUGCAAGGCUACCAGUUCAACUUCCUGUCUUCAAUGGUCUACGCCGGAUACUUCUUCGGCCAGUACCCCGCCGGUUGGCUCAUCGGGCGGUUCCCGGCGCAGAGGGUGCUCAGUACCAGCAUCCUGGCUCUGGGGGUCCUGACGAUCUUGAUGACGCAAUGUACGAAUUAUCGCAGUGCCUUGGCCGUGCGUUUCUUCACUGGAAUCUUUGUGGGAGCAGUCAUCCCUUGUCUCACUCUCAUGACAGGAUUCUGGUUCACGCGUCGUGAGAUCCCACUCAGACAGUGCAUCUGGUUCUCCGGCCUUGGCUGGGGCGGUAUCUUGGACUCCUACAUCUCAAUGGGCGUUUCCAAAAUGUCAGACAACACGUCCCCUCCAAAAUGGCAACUGGUGUUCUACAUUCUUGGUGCAAUUAGUUGUCUCUGGGGAAUAGCCAUGGUUUUUCUCCUCCCGGAUAAUCCAUCCGCUGCUUCCUUCCUUACACCGAGAGAAAGAAUUGUCGCAGUCGCCAGAGUCGCAGGAAAUGGGACGGGUAUCAAGAAUAAGCACUUCGACAAGAAGCAGGCCUGGAUCGCCUUCUAUGACCCCAAAACGAUCUUGUUAUUUGUCUCCGUCGCCGGUGCGGCAAUUCCGAACGGUGUGAUUACAUCUUUCUCGACAGUAAUCAUCAGGGAUCUUGGCUUUACAACAACCAAGACGACUGCGUUGAAAUCAGUAGGGGACGCUGUUCAGAUUCUCGCCCUCUUCAUAGGAGGCGCGAUCACGCUGAACGUCCCGAAUUCUGCUGUAGCCGGGGUCAUUUGCACUGUCUGUGCUGCGCUGACGGCAUAUCUUCCACGCUCUAACACAUGGGGCCGACUGGUCUCAUUUUGGCUCGUCAACUUUCAGUCCGUGAGCUACACCAUCAGCCUGACAACAAUCUCCUCCAACAUGGGGGGUUACACACACCGAGCCUCUGCUACCGCUAUUGUUUUGUAA